AACUUCUACUCGUAAUUUCUUCAGCUGCUCAGCGCAUCUCCGCAACCUUCAAACAGAGUGUCCUCGACGGAAAACUGGUUCCGAAAUCUCUCUCUCUCUCUCUCUCUCUCUCUCUCUCUCUCUCUCUCUCUCUCUCUCCUGCAGCCAUUGCAGGGCAAGAGUUAGCAAUCUCCUCGUGCUCUCUCACAAUUCAACCCCUCUCUCACCUCUAAAGUCACAACUACCCUCUAAUCGAACUCCGUCCGUUGACUAACGAAUCCUCAACGGCCGACGCCGCUGUCAAUCAGACCGGAUCGGUCGAAAAGCACCGAAAUCGGAUGCAACCACCGACCGGCAGCAUCCAGAUCCGUGAAUUCGAGCAGUAAGUAAAUUCACACAAAAAUGCUGCGCCUGAGGGCUUUCCGUCCGACCAACGACAAGAUCGUGAAGAUUCAGCUGCACCCGACGCACCCGUGGCUCGUGACCGCGGACGCGUCCGAUCGCGUCUCCGUCUGGAACUGGGAGCACCGUCAGGUGAUAUAUGAGUUGAAACCGGGCGGUGUCGACGAGAGGCGGCUGGUGGGUGCCAAGUUGGAGAAGCUUGCAGAGGGUGAAUCAGAGCCCAAAGGGAAACCUACGGAAGCCAUGCGUGGAGGGAGUGUUAAGCAGGUCAGUUUUUAUGAUGAUGAUGUAUGCUUUUGGCAACUUUGGCGUAAUCGUUCUGCUGCUGCUGAGGCUCCAACAGCAGCCAAUCAUAUCGCUUCAACAUUUAGUUCUCCUGCACCAUCAACAAAAGGAAGGCAUUUUCUUGUCAUCUGCUGCGAAAACAAAGCAAUUUUUUUAGACCUCGUUACAAUGCGCGGCCGUGAUGUCCCAAAGCAGGACCUUGACGGCAGAUCACUUCUCUGUAUGGAGUUCCUUUCAAAAUCGUCUGCCGGGGAUGGUCCUCUUGUGGCUUUUGGGGGAUCAGAUGGUGUGAUUAGAGUUCUUUCAAUGAUAUCAUGGAAGCUUGUUCGAAGGUACACAGGAGGCCAUAAAGGAUCAAUUUCUUGUUUGAUGAACUUCAUGGCUUCUUCUGGCGAGGCACUUUUGGUUUCGGGUGGCAGUGAUGGUCUACUUGUACUUUGGAGUGCUGACCACAGUCCAGAUACGCGGGACCUGGUUCCCAAGCUGAGCCUAAAAGCACAUGAUGGAGGAGUUGUGGCUGUCGAGCUUUCUAGAGUUAGCGGAGGAGCCCCACAACUUAUUACAAUUGGUGCUGAUAAGACUCUAGCAAUCUGGGACACAAUCUCGUUUAAGGAGCUGCGUCGCAUUAAACCUGUUCCAAAGCUAGCUUGCCACAGUGUGGCAUCUUGGUGCCAUCCUCGAGCUCCAAACCUUGAUAUUUUAACUUGUGUCAAAGACUCCCAUAUAUGGGCUAUCGAGCAUCCAACUUAUUCAGCCCUCACAAGGCCAUUGUGUGAACUUUCCUCCCUAAUACCUCCACAAGUCCUUGCAUCUCACAAGAAACUGAGGGUUUAUUGCAUGGUUGCGCAUCCUUUACAGCCACACCUUGUUGCUACUGGAUCCAAUGUUGGUGUCAUUGUCAGCGAGUUUGAUGCCAGAUCUCUUCCAGCUGUUGCUCCUCUGCCGACACCACCAGGAAGCCGAGAGCAUUCCGCGUUGUAUUUGAUUGAAAGGGAGCUAAAAUUGCUAAACUUCCAGUUGUCUAACACUGCAAAUCCAUCCCUUGGAAGCAAUGGCUCCUUAUUGGAAACAGGAAGGUUCAGGGGAGACUCGAUUGAACAACUACAUGUCAAGCAGAUAAAAAAGCACAUUAGUACACCUGUUCCACAUGAUUCAUACUCGAUUCUUUCAGUGAGCAGCUCAGGGAAGUAUGUAGCAAUUGUUUGGCCUGAUAUUCCUUUCUUCUCAGUCUACAAGGUCAGUGACUGGUCCAUCGUUGAUUCAGGCAGUGCAAGACUUUUGGCAUGGGACACAUGCCGUGAUAGAUUUGCUCUGUUGGAAUCUGCAUUAGCUCCUAGAAUUCCCAUAAUUCCUAAGGGUGGUUCAUCAAGAAAAGCAAAGGAAGCAGCUGCAGCUGCAGCACAAGCUGCCGCAGCAGCUGCAACUGCUGCUUCUUCGGCCGGUGUUCAAGUUAGAAUCUUGCUGGAUGAUGGAACAUCAAAUAUAUUAAUGAGAUCAGUAGGUAAUCGCAGUGAACCAGUUGUUGGUCUGCAUGGGGGUGCACUUCUUGGUGUUGCCUAUCGAACAUCACGAAGGGUUAGCCCUGUUGCAGCAACAGCUAUUUCAACACUUCAGUCUAUGCCCUUAUCUGGAUUUGGAAGCAGUAGUCUUUCUUCUUUCACGAGUAUGGACGAUGGGUUAUCUUCUAACAGGUCUCCUGCUGAAGCAGCACCUCUGAACUUUCAGCUUUAUAGUUGGGAAACUUUUCAACCUGUGGGGGGUCUUUUCCCUCAGCCUGAAUGGACUGCGUGGGACCAGACUGUCGAAUAUUGUGCUUUCGCCUAUCAACAAUACAUUGUGAUAUCUUCCUUGCGCCCUCAGUAUAGAUACUUGGGUGACGUGGCGAUUCCACAUGCUACUGGGGCUGUUUGGCAUCGGAGACAGCUGUUUGUGGCAACACCAACUACCAUUGAGUGUGUUUUUGUGGAUGCUGGAGUUGCAGCUGUUGAUAUAGAAACAAAAAAGAGAAAAGAAGAGAUGAAACUGAAGGAGGCUCAGGCAAGAGCUGUGGCUGAGCAUGGAGAGUUGGCACUUAUUGCAGUUGAGGCUCCACAAAUUGCCUCACAAGAGAGGAUAACAUUUAGGCCACCAAUGCUACAGGUGGUGCGAUUAGCUUCUUUUCAGCACGCUCCUUCUGUGCCGCCAUUUUUGUCUUUGCCUAAACAAUCUAAAGUUGGCGGUGAUGAGUCAACGGUGCCAAAAGAGGCUGAUGAAAGGAGAGUCAAUGAGGUGGCUGUUGGUGGUGGUGGGGUGUCCGUGGCUGUUACCCGUUUCCCGGCAGAGCAGAAGAGACCUAUUGGACCUCUCAUUGUAGUGGGUGUGAGAGAUGGAGUUUUGUGGCUAGUUGAUAGGUACAUGUGUGCUCAUGCAAUAUCCCUCAGCCACCCUGGUAUUCGUUGCCGCUGUCUUGCUGCCUAUGGUGAUGCUGUUAGUGCAGUAAAAUGGGCAAGUAGGCUUGGUAGAGAACACCAUGAUGAUUUAGCACAGUUCAUGCUUGGGAUGGGUUACGCAACCGAAGCGCUUCAUUUGCCCGGAAUAUCAAAGAGGUUGGAGUUUGAUUUGGCUAUGCAAAGUAACGAUUUGAAACGAGCACUUCAAUGCCUCCUGACAAUGAGCAACAGCAGGGAUAUAGGGCAAGAAACCGUGGGUCUAGACUUAAAUGACAUUCUUAGCUUGACAGAUAAGAAGGAAAAUAUUGUGGAUGCUGUCCAAGGAGUAGUGAAAUUUGCAAAGGAAUUUUUGGAUCUUAUUGAUGCUGCAGAUGCUACUGCACAAGCUGAUAUUGCUCGUGAAGCUCUUAAGAGAUUAGCGGCUGCAGGUUCAGUAAAGGGAGCCUUGAGAGGUCAUGAAUUAAGAGGACUAGCUUUACGCCUUGCAAAUCAUGGGGAGUUGACACGGCUUAGUAAUUUGGUGAAUAACUUGAUCUCAGUUGGCUCGGGUCGAGAAGCAGCAUUUUCUGCUGCAGUUUUGGGAGACAAUGCUCUCAUGGAGAAAGCAUGGCAGGAGACUGGCAUGCUUGCUGAGGCUGUCCUUCAUGCCCACGCACACGGGCGACCAUCAUUGAGAAACUUGGCUCAAGCGUGGAACAAGAUGCUACAGAAGGAGAAAGAACAUGGUCCAUCAACGAAGACAGAUGCCGCAUCAGCAUUUCUGGCUUCCCUUGAAGAACCCAAGCUCACAAGUUUGGCUGAUGCAGCAAAGAAACCACCAAUUGAAAUUCUUCCUCCGGGAAUGGCAUCUCUAUACGGUCCCAUACCCGGUCAGAAAAAACCACCAGGUCCUGCCACACCUGCUUUGCUUCAGCAGCCAGGCAAGCCAAUGCUACUUGAAGCAGCUCCUUCUGCUGGUCCAUCGGCAACCACUCCACCACCGGAAUCCGGUGUGCCGUCCUCGUCAGAAUCGAGUGCUCCGCCGCCUCCUUCAGAUUCAAGUGCUUCACUUCCUUCAGAGUCAAAUGCUUCGGUUCCAUCAGAAUCUGGUGCUCCGGCUUCUUCUGAACCGAAUGCUCCUGUUUCAUCAGAGUCGAGUGCUCCCAGUCCCACAGAGUCGAGUGCUCCCGGUCCCACAGAGUUGAGUGCUCUCAGUCCCACAGAGUCGAGCGCACAAAUUGCAGACAAUCAGCCUCCUCCUGAUUCCUCAGUGACUGAUAUUGAUCCAAAUGGCCCUGUGGAAAAUGUCCUACCUAAUUCUGCAAGUAAUCAAGCCAUGACCCAGGCUCCCCAUCCGGUUCCGAAUAUGCAAGGACCGACUACUCCUGAUACAGCACCCAUGAUUGACUUUUCUUGAUGAGUAAGAUGUUAAGGCUGCGUAUGGAUCAUUGACUUGUGGGAGGGAAUGACCACGGGAAUUGAAAAUGAUGGAGAAAACCUCCAAACACAGCUCAAGGAUCCAGUGCACCUGUGGUGUUGUUCAAGUUCUCACUGCAGUGUAUUGAUAUUUAGGAAGGUGAAGCAAUAACUAGUUUGUGCUUGAGCUAAUUUACAGUCAAGUCUACAUUGGCUUGUUCGAAGAAAUGACUGGUUUGAUAGCAUUAUUCUUCUUUCUCUUUUGCCUCGCAAUUCUAUCUGUUUUGUGAAAAUUAAAUUUCCUUUGCUCUUUUCCCUUAUUCCAUGUUCUUUUCCUUGCAGAGGUCUCUAUUGAUUUCUGUACAAAUUUCAGUCUGUAAUAUGUCUGGCUAUGAAAGUUGUCAAUUUUUUGGUCAUUGUAUUUUUGUCGGAUGAAACAGUCUAAUUUUGACAAUAUGAUUUGUGGAUUUUAAUUCU